AUGUCAGUCAUCGCGCUGCGAGUUGCGCAGCUUGCCUCCUCCCGCCGCACAUGCUCCCGAUUCCCCCCCUUGCCCGCGCUCCUCCUCCCCCUGCUGGCGCUGCUCCUCGCGGCGCUGCCCCGCUCCCUGUGCGCGGCGGGACGAGUGAACCGACUUAAAUUCGCUACCGCGACGCGCCUCGUGCUCCUGCGCAAUAACGCGUACGGCGCGAAAUGCCUCGACGGCAGCCCCCCCGCGUACUACUUCCGCGCGGGCGCUGGCGCGGGGAGGCGCAAGUGGCACGUGCAUUUCCCCCGGGGCGGAUGGUGCUUCACCCCGGCGGAGUGCCGCGAGCGCGCCAGUUCCCCCUUUGGCUCCUCGCGCUUCUGGGCCCGACGACUCCCCGCCGUCGUAGAAAACGGCGGGGGGAUCAACAGCGCUAAGGUCGCCUACCCUCAACUGGGGGGCCUGCUAUCACGGAGCAAGCUGUUUAACCCCGUGUUUCACGGGCGACGGGGCAUGGGGGCGGCGUCGCAUGUCCUCUUCUCGGGCAGCUCAGGGGGCGGCCAUGCCAUCAUCAUGCACUGCGACCGCCUCGCUGCCGCCUUCCCCCGCGCCCAAGCCACCUGCCUCGCCGACUCGGGCUUCUUUGUUGGUCAGUGA